AAAUAGUCGUAUCUUUCGAAUGUUUCGGGGCGUAUUGGAAAGUGAAAUUCACAUUGCAGAUUCAGAUUCAAGAUGCCUCCUUCAAUCAACUUAUCUGGAAACCUAGGACAACGACAUCGGACCUUCAACACUUUGGUCCAUGAUGCUUAUCUCCAAAACACACCUGUCCCAGACCAGAAUCUUCCUGAAGAAUCUGCCUUAGACAGACUCUUCAAAGUAGACCUGGCUUCAAAGAAAAAGAACAUAGACUACAUAAUUGGCACCCUCAAAGAUGAUGAUAUGCUGUAUGUGAGCAGAGCUUUAAAAAGCCUAUGGCUUCUAGACACAGAACAUUCGAAAAUAAUCAAUCCAAGUUUCCUAGAACAUGAACUCUUCCCCCAGAUGACAUUACCAGCUGUGAAUAAAAUGAGACACUGGAUCCAGAUUCAUUUAAAAGAUCCACAAAGAUGUAAAGAGUUUUAUCAGUUUUACAAAGAUGGGAACUUUGAUAUAGCUGCUAAAUUUCUCUGGCAUUGUUCCAACGAAUAUAUCUUGGCUGAAUUCAGUGACAUAUUGGAUAAAGUCACGCCGAAGCUUUUGAAACGGCUUAGCGAAAAGACUCCUCAAAUCUCGAAGAUUUAUUACGAUAAUUUAAAGGACGAUCAAAAACUUUUAAAAUAUUAUCUAGAGAACGAUUCCAAGUUUUUCGAUAAUGUAAAAUAUCUUCUGAAAUCGGAUGCUGAUGUAUUAUUCUAUAUAAUAGAAAACUUCUUCGUUCGUCAGAAAUUCAGUGCCAUGAACGUCGUGACUUCAAAGUAUAUAAUGAAACACCACAAAAACAGAUUUCUGUGCAAGCCAGAGUUAUACACUGUAUGGUUUCUCGAUAUGAAAACAGUAGCAAAAUAUUUAAAUUCAGAAGAAAUCAAGGAUCUGGUGUUAAAACUAGCAAGAGCAGAGUAUCUAAAGUCUUGGUUUACGUACAAAAACGUGGAGCCCCUUAUAAAACGCUUAAGUGAAGAAGAAAGAACAGCCUUCAAGAAAUUAGUAUUUGUUGAUAAAGCAUUUGGAGCCACUGUAAAAGAAUGGCCAUAUCCGAUACCCACUCCGCCAGAGUUAGAAACACCUCAGACAAGCCUAUUCGAUGAUGCGGAAAUAAGACAGUUUGACCCAUAUCACGACGAAGAUUGUUUCAUGAGGAUGCAGUCGUGUGAUAUGUUUUUUAGAUCAGCAUUGCAAAAACGGAAAUAUUGUAAGUGGAAAUGCAAGGAAACGCUUCUAGACAAGCUGUUUGACAAAUAUCGUUUCUCCAAUUAUAAACAAACUUAUAACGAACUCAUAAGACAAUUGAGAGCUGAGAGCUCUCCACAGAACCGUCAGUUCAUGCUGCUUGUUCUCGUGAGUAAGACUGGCGGACGGACUGAAGAUCUCGUGUCUUUGUUAGAUCUUCUAGCUCAGUACAAGAACGAGCCCGUCCAUAUCCGAGUUGCUAUAAUCAGGAGCUUGGUGAAGCGAGCGUUUGUGUGGCGUCUGCCGAGCGAGCAUUGGGCGAGGCUCUUGGAAUGGGGACACGGACUGGGUUUGGAUGGAAGUGCCCAUGAAGCGGAGUGCCGCGAGGGACUACAUGCAGUUGUUAUACGAGACUUGCUCGCUAACGUUAAGCCAAGUCAGGCAGUUUGGGAAAAGUUUUUGAGUGAUUUCGAGACUCUACAAGAAUAUUCUUUAACUGUUGAAGAGCGUAGUCGUGUUAGGGCUCGUCUGCCGGAGUUGCUUCUAGAAGACGCUCAGUCUGAGCCAGAAAAACCCAAAUUGAAGCAAUUGCAGUAUUUGUUGAAUACUCUUAGUGCAUACCGCAUGCCGUAUGACUAUUUCCCCGGCACAAUCGAUGCGAUAGCGUCAGCAGUCAAGUGUUAUUGGAAUUCUGAUGAUGAAUUGCGAAGAGAUACUGAAUGGUUGCUCAGUCAAUUUUAUGACGCUAGAGCGGGGAGAAAAAUUCUUAUAAAAGAAUUAUUUGAAAUGUAUCAGACAGAUGACUCUUAUGUAAAUGCACUGCGACAUGAUGUAUCUAUUCUCGAAAAUACUGAAAAGUUAGAAAAAAUUAUCGACUCAAAAAAUUUGCAACAUGGUAGGUUUUUUCAGAAAUUAGCGCUUUUCUUCAUGGAGAAAGACGGAUUGGGAGAACGGUAUCGCGCCUUGCUAGAAGAUCGAGCAACUUCUGAGGCCAAGAAAACAGUAGAAAAGGCCAAGACUUCCUUUUCGGAUGGAGUUGGAACUAAACCAGGACGUCAUAUGUUAGCUAAGCCCCUGGCACUGCUUUCAGGGUCAAAGUUUCCGUCCCUUCUCAAAACAUUUGAUGCAGCGCCGUCCAAAUCAGCUAAGCGACAGCUGGCUGCUGCGUUAAGAGCUAAUGCCCAUCUUGUUAGACCAGCUUUUGACUUGAAAUCUAUCGGAUGGCGUAAAGCAGGAGCUAAGGCUGUGGCCAACACCGUAGCUAUAUGCAGACAAAACGAUGUGGAAAAGUAUCUUACUGAGACUUUGUCCUGGACACGUACAUUCAGACUAGGACUGGUACUAGCGAGACGUGUCAAUAAAGAACGAGAGGUGUUCAAAAUUUAUUCUUCUGGAAGGCCUAAUAAAGCGCUCCAAUCGGCAUUAAGAUACUUCCAUUAUAAGGGAGAUAAUUCGGACCUGAGUGUUUGGGAGAUGGUGAAGUCUCGCAUUUCUGAAGCAGAUCCUCGACAAUUGCGUUCAUACUUGAAACUGACGGAAUCAGUACCUGAAGCUAUUAAGGCUGAAUAUUGCUUCCUUGUCUACUUAGCAUUUAAAAAGCGUGAACCUGAUAUGGAGCGGAAUGCUUUUUUGAAAAUCCCUGCCGUUUUACCAGAGUUAAAUGAGAAAUAUAUUUUUGACGCUAACGAUGCUUUACUCGAUGAGUAUUUUCCACUGAACGAAUUUGAUGAUAAUAAAGUGGAAUGCGCUUUUGUGUAUACACAGAUAAUUGCUAAAUUUCUGGUUCUUAGUACUACUGAAGAUAUGUUGGAGGAAAGAUUUAGUAAACUUGGAUGGCCAUUACGCAAUCAACUUGAACCGUUAUGGAAAAAAUCUUCCAGUAAUGAGUCUGUUCAACAAUAUUAUCUUGAUUAUUUUCUGUUUUUCUUAAGAUACAACAAAGCUUAUUUCAAUCCUAAAUACGUUUCGUGUCUGCCUGUGUUGGAGAAAAUUAAUGAAUGGAUGCACGGUUUUCUGCCUAUAGAGAAGUGGUUUGAGAAAUACGUAUCCGUGCAUUUAACUAUGCUCUAUUUUAAAACCGUCAGACACUGCAUUAAUGAACACCCAGAGUUAUUUGAAGAAUCAAGAAAAUUAGAGGGCGCAUGUAUGCUGGGAACAAUUUUCGGCAAAUUUAUAGCAAACGAGAUAGAAGAGUUAAAUAAAAAAUAUUUUCCUACUAUAACGGAAGUGUAUGCUGAAGAUCUUGUGGAAUAUUUUAAUAAGUAUUUUAAUCGUACAUUUGAUGAAAGCGUUGAGAAAUUCACAAUAGCUGUCUUAAAUGGACUGAUGUCGAAUAAAUCGGUAGCUUCAUGCUUUCUUGCAAAAUAUGCUUUACAGCAAUUUCGGGAUCGAUUGAAAAGUGAUAAUGUGAACGACAUUUUAAACAAAUUUAAGGAGAGUGAGGUCAAAGAAUUGCGUUUUGAGCAUGAUAUUGAAUGA